AUGGCAACCCCCAAAGGCCCUGCGGAUGUGGAGGUGGAGCUGACCUCUGUCCCUGUCAAGGAGACAGCUUGCUCUCCCAGCAGUGAGGAGCUGGACGAGCUGCACUACCAGGACACAGAUUCAGAUGUGCCAGAGCAGAGGGACAGCAAGUGCAAGGUCAAAUGGACUCACGAGGAGGACGAGCAGCUGAGGUCUCUGGUAAGGCAGUUUGGACAGCAAGACUGGAAGUUCCUGGCCAGCCACUUUCCUAACCGCACUGACCAGCAGUGCCAGUACCGGUGGCUGAGGGUCUUGAAUCCAGACCUCGUCAAGGGGCCAUGGACCAAAGAGGAGGAUCAAAAGGUCAUCGAGCUGGUCAAGAAGUACGGCACGAAGCAGUGGACGCUGAUUGCCAAGCACCUGAAGGGCCGGCUGGGGAAGCAGUGCCGUGAGCGCUGGCACAACCACCUCAACCCCGAGGUGAAGAAGUCCUGCUGGACCGAGGAGGAGGACCGCAUCAUCUGUGAGGCCCACAAGGUGCUCGGCAACCGCUGGGCCGAGAUCGCCAAGAUGCUGCCAGGGAGGACGGACAAUGCUGUGAAGAAUCACUGGAACUCCACCAUCAAAAGGAAGGUGGACACGGGUGGCUUCCUGAGUGAGUCCAAAGACUGCAAGCCCCCUGUGUACUUGCUGCUGGAGCUUGAGGACAAGGACGGCUGCCAGAGUGCCCGCCCCGUGGAGGAGCAGGGAAGUUUUGUGACCAGCUGGCCCCCCGCGCUUCCUGCCAUGAAGGAAGAGGAAAGCAGUGAGGAGGAGGCCAUGGCAGCCACCACAUCUAAGGAGCAAGGAGCUGUCCCUGCAGACCUGGAUGGAGUGCGAACACCAGAGCCCUUGGAGGACUUCCCGAAGCGUGAAGACCAGGAGGGCUCCUCGCCGGAAACCAGCCUGCCCUACAAGUGGGUGGUGGAGGCUGCAAACCUCCUCAUCCCUGCCGUGGGGUCCAGCCUCUCGGAAGCCCUGGACUUGAUCGAGUCGCCAGGCCUGCUGUGUGGAGUGGGUUUCAGGACGUGUUGGGUGAGAGGCCUGGCAACUGGGCACGGCGGAGUUCAUUGGGAGGAGGCCCACACUCACCUUCCCACUUGGGCUUCCCCAUCCUUGCUAAGAAUAAUGACGCUGUUUAUUGAACAUUUACUAAAUGCCAGGCUCUGGGUUCAAUAUAGAAUCCACACAGUAUCCUGUGAGGACCCUGAUGCUUGGUGUGACCUGAGUAAAUUUGACCUGCCCGAGGAGCCGUCCGCGGAGGGCAGCAUCAGCAACAGCCCGGUGCAGCCGUCCCCAUCACAGCAGCAGCCGGCGCCGCCGCCCCGCCAGCCUGCUGCCCCGGUGCCCAGUGUGACCGAGUACCGCCUGGACGGCCACACCAUCUCAGACCUGAGCCGGAGCAGUCGGGGCGAGCUGAUCCCCAUUUCCCCCAGCACUGAAGUGGGGGGCUUGGGCAUCGGCACGCCGCCUUCGGUGCUCAAGCGACAGAAGAAGAGGCGUGUCGCCCUGUCCCCUGUCACGGAGAACAGUGCCAGCCUGUCCUUCCUGGACUCCUGUAACAGCCUCACCCCCAAGAGCACACCCGUCAAGACCCUGCCCUUCUCGCCCUCUCAGUUUCUGAACUUCUGGAACAAACAGGACACACUGGAGCUGGAGAGCCCCUCACUGACGUCCACCCCGGUGUGCAGCCAGAAGGUGGUGGUCACCACACCCCUGCACCGGGAUAAGACGCCCCUGCACCAGAAACACGCAGCGUUUGUAACCCCAGAUCAGAAGUACUCCAUGGACAACACUCCCCAUACGCCAACCCCGUUCAAGAAUGCCCUGGAGAAGUACGGACCACUAAAGCCCCUGCCCCAGACCCCACACUUGGAGGAGGACUUGAAAGAGGUGCUGCGCUCAGAGGCCGGCAUCGAGCUCAUCAUUGAGGACGAGGCGAGGCCUGAGAAGCAGAAGAGGAAGGCUGGGCUGCGGCGGAGCCCUAUCAAGAAGGUCCGCAAGUCCCUGGCUCUUGACAUUGUGGAUGAGGAUGUGAAGCUGGUGAUGUCCACACUGCCCAAGGUGCUGUCCUUGCCAACAAAUGUCUUGUCAAGCUCCUCCAGCCUCAUGGUGCCAGGCAUCAAAGAGGACACCAGCCUCCUCAACGAGGGCUUCCUGCAGGCCAAGCCCGAGAAGCCGGUGGCAGCCCCGAAGCCCCGAAGCCACUUUCCAACACCUGCUCCUAUGACCAACGCCUGGAAGACAGUGGCCUGCGGGGGGACCAGGGACCAGCUCUUCAUGCAAGAGAAAGCCCGGCAGCUCCUGGGCCGCUUGAAGCCCAGCCACACUUCUCGGACCCUCAUCUUGUCCUGAGGGGCUUGGUGGUCACGAGCUCAUUAUGUUUACAGGGGGCUGGAAGGACCGAGGUUGGCCUUUGAGUCUGAGAAUCACACUCGGAUGACCAUGUGCAGGGAGCCUUCUGCCACCAGCCCCUCCCCAGACUGCUCAGGUGGAGGCAGAGCAGGGCCACCCACUCUCUAGUCUCCAAGUUCAGCAGUGGCUGCGGGUGCUUCCUGGUGCUAACAGAACAAAGUCCCACCCCUGGGCCUGCCUGGUCCUCUCGCCAGUGCCACAGGGAGUCCCAUUAGUUCUCCCAAGCCCUGGUCAGGUCUGGCCUCAUCUCAGACCCCUGCUUAGAACAGGGGACGUGGCCAGUGUGCUCCUUCCCUCAACCUAUUAGUACAUUUUCUUGAAAAAAAUAAAAUUUCCUUUUUCCUUA